AUGGCAGAGUCCACGGUGUCAGGUUGCACUGGCGAGCAGACAGAAGAUCAGAGUGGAGCACAAACUGGAGAGGAAGCUAGAAAACAGACUGGAGAGGAAGCUAGAGAACAGACUGGAGAACAGACUGGAGAUCAGGCUACCAAUCAAGCUGAUGAUGAUGAUGAGCCUUCUGAGCUGCAGCGUUUGAUGCUGGCCGUUGCCUUCAAGGAAGCCAGCGAUAGACUCGCUUUGCAGCAGCGCUCUCAUCGCUUGAACAUGCAGAAGCCUCUGCCGCCUUUGCCUGCUUCACUGCGUCGCCUUCGCAGCUCUUCAAUCGGCCAAAAGGCAAUGCCGGAGCGCAUCUUGCUCACAGGCAAGAAGCUGCCGCGACUGCAAUCGCUGCUGGGCGAGGCUGAAGAGGAUGCCGAUCAACUAGAUGAAUGUGUGUUGAAUGCUUUGAAGUAUGAGCGUGAUAUGGAUGCAUUGCGUGCCUUCUUCGAGGCAGCCAAUCAGCAGCUUUACAUGACUAAAGAGGAGCGACAGAGGGAGCAACCAAGUCGCUUAGAGCUAGCAAUUGGUGCGCUGAGUGGCAACAACACUGAGGAAUCGGUGGCAGCCAAGGAGCUGCUGCAAUCGAAGGAGGAACUGAAGCAGCUUCAAGCGCAGCUUGAGCAGGUGAAGAUCGAUGGCGUGGCCAAGCUGCAGGAUUACGACGAGCGCAUCGCCGAUGCCAAGUACAAUUUGCGCUGCGUGUCGCGUGUCAACGAUCUAGAGUUCAGCUUGGUGGAACGUUGGGAGGCAGCGCGUGUGGGGCAAGCGGAGAUCUGGGGCGAGAAUGCGGAGCGUGCUUAUCUGCGAGACAUACUCGACUUUAAGCAGCGUCUCUCGCGGGAGCAGCGAGUCAGCCAGGAGCUGAGCGCAUUUCGUAGUCGUGAGCGCGCUGAUCUCGAGCAACGCAUUGCGGAUUGGCAGCAACGUUAUGCGAGCGAACUGAGGAGAGUGGAGCGGGAGAGCGAGGCGUGGGAGUUGCGCAUUCUGGAGCUGACCAAGUCGCUGGCGAGGCAUCGCGAGGAGAAUGCUCAGCAUGUGGUGUUUGUGAACGAGUAUCGCGCCAAGAAGGAGGAGGAACAGAGGCUGCUCGAUCUGCAGUUGCAUCGCAUUCAGUGCGCCAUCAAGUUGCAAGCUUGGUGGCGUGGCACGAUGGUGCGACGUGGCCUUGGUCCGUUCAAGAAGAAGCCAAAGCGUGGCAAGCGAGGCAAGCCCAAAAAGUAGACGCGAGAGAGUGAAAUAAAUGGCGAGUUUGCUGUCUGCCUUAUGUCUUUUGCCUUAUGGAAAUCAAGUUGCGACUUAAAACCAAUUAAAAAGUUGACUCGCUGCAGUUAACACGUCAGCGGUCAGCGGCCUACGUCAGUCUUAACGACAACCCGGGCCCAUUGUCAACAGUGCCUGGGCCAUUGUUUACGCCACGCUAAUGGGCCCAGUUCAGCUCAGCUCGGGAGUCCUUGCAACUGCAACGCGUGGCAGCUGCAGCUGCAGCUGCAGCUGAAGUUGAAGUUGCUGUUAAAGUUUUUCUUAUUUUUCAUUUAUUUUCCCUACAACAUUCUCGUUUUUUUUGCUUCUUGUU